AUGGAAGUGAGAAGGGAGGGAGGAAGUUGGGAGGAAGAAUGGACGUUAGAGAUGUCCGCCACUCUGCGACUCGGACGUGGCGCGGAUUUGUCCGGCCUCUCAUUCCUCGAUGGGUAUCUUACUCAGAAGCUGCUAUCGGCUCAAGAAUCGCGAGCACGGCGGUUUCCUAGGGUCGCCUUCAGAGUGGGCAUGCUUGAAUUGGAUGAGGUAUCUUCGACGAGCUCGCACCAGGACGAGGAAUUGGCCAAAGAGGAACGCGCUGAGGAAGAUGACAUUAUUAGGAGCGAUGCUCGAGAUAGUGAACCUUUGGGUGGAGAAGGAAUCGAGGCAGACGAGACGGCCGGUUCAGCAGAAGACGAGGAAGACGAAGAUGGUAUGGAAGGAAGGAUGAGCACAAGAACUGAGACGCGGCGUAUCGCAUUUGUCUUGUCACAAAGUCAUCACCGUAGCGAAAACCAAAUGGACCAGAACAACAAGCGGAAGUAG